AUAAAAUAACUGCGAUCGUAAGCGAGAAAUGAACCUUCUUUUACACUCUUUGGUCCUUAUGUGACAGAAAAAAAUUGUUGAUAAUCUAUAGUAGAGAAGUCGAUCACGGAGGUUUUAACUAAAUUAAAACGAAUUAAUUCACUUUCUCUACACCACUGAAUGCAUGAUUUAAAAAAGAAAUCAACGGCGAUUUCAACUGUGGGAAACGCGAUGUACAGCGAGAGUCAUAUGUUUUUAUUUAUUUUCUGAGUGAUACGCAAUUGUAACAAAGGAUUUGUGAUUCAGUUUUGUCCGCUGGAAGACUUAUUAUGGAGAGCAUUUUGAGUAACCCAUAUUAAAAGGAACGAACGCGUGCAACUAAGCAUUAAGAAUAUUCUCCUUACAGGCGGCCUCAACAGAGCCGGAGAUUAUGGAAACUCGAAAAUGGCUUUUCGUCGCUCUUUUGGCCGCCGCUUGUGUACCAUUGGUACUAGCUCAAACUACUAACGAUGGUGAUGUAAGUGAUCAAACCAGCACUGCCGGUACGACCAGCACCACUGCUGCAAAUAAAAAUCCGGAAAAUAGUGUUGCAACCGGAAGUGAUGACGAGGCUGAUGAAGACAAUGGUGGUCCAUCAACUACCUCAGCUAGUACAGAAGCCGUGGAGACAGUCACAAAGAGAGAGUUUGAUAUAACCGGCGUACGAAUGCAGUCGUACCUCGGCAGAAACUUCAGCGCCUUCUGCGGCAUUCCGUAUGCCGAACCACCGAUAGGACUCCGGCGAUUCAAGCAACCGGUACGAAUGACGUACGAUGGUAACAUUGACGCUACAAAGUGUGAAGAGACGCCCAUUUGUAUGCAGAUACGUUGGAACCAAGACGACCAAGAACUCAUCGGCAGUGAAGACUGCUUGUAUCUUAACGUUUACGAACCAGAGGCGGGGAGCCCCAACAUGCCGGUAUUGGUGUAUUUCCACGGCGGUGGCUUCUUCUCUGGCUCUGGAACGUUCGAAGAUGCUGGGCCGCAUUACUUCAUGGACCAAGAUGUCAUCCUGGUCACUGUCAACUACCGUCUUGGACCCCUCGGUUUCUUCAGCUUGAAUCAACGUGAUGCUCCUGGCAACAUGGGGCUCUACGACCAGGUGAUGGCGCUCCAGUGGGUGAAAGACUACAUCAAAUAUUUUCACGGUGAUCGGUUUCGCGUCACUAUCAUGGGCGAGGGAGCAGGCGGCGCCUGUGUUCACUUGCAUCUCUUCUCUCCAAUGUCCAGAGGUUUGUUCUCACGGGCCAUUUCGCAGUCUGGUGUAGCGUUCAACUCAUGGGCGCUCAUGAAGGACAUGGUUAACACGUCUAAGACACAUGCGGCACUCCUUGGUUGUAACAAAGAAAAAGAUUCUAUGACUAUGAAAUGUCUGAGGGAAGUCGAGGCAGAACGAAUUGUGAACUCUACCAGAGGACUGCAUUUCUGGCUGCAGGAGCCGCUUGUGAUCUACAGACCUAUGGUUCAGGAAGGCAGACUUGGAAGGGAUAUUUUCCUGCGACAUGAUCCAAUGGACUUACUGUUCCGAAUGGAGUUCCAUAAUGUACCCUGGCUUGUGGGUGUUGUUAAGACGCCGGGAUUCUUUCAUGCUAGGCGAUAUUUAGUAGACGACCAGCUACUGGCCUCUCUGUUGUCAAAAUUCGACGAAUAUGGGCCUGCGUUGCUUGAUAUGCAUUUGAGCAUACCGGACAGUGCAGAACAGCAGAGCGCCUUGUCAAAGUUGAUGGAUUUGUACGAAACUACCGACGGUGCUUUCGAAAGGGAUUCGCUACUACAGAUUUUUAAUGAUCGUGAACACAACUUGGGCCACAUUCUGGCUGUUGCCUACCAUGCACUCCUCUUUCAUGAGAAUCUGUACCAAUACAGGUUUGAAUACCGUGGUGUGCAUUCCAUGGCUGAGAACAUCGAAGCUCUCAAAGAGGACGACGUGGUGAACGAAGAUGACCUCAUCUAUCUGCUGAGACGGCCGGCUCUGUUUCCAGACUUCGACAGAAGCAGCUUAGAAGGCAAACGUGACUUCCAAAUGAUGAGAAGGCUCACUUCUAUAUGGGCGGAGUUCGCAGCAACUGGGCAUGUGAAGGCUUUGCAUCGCAGUAAACGUGGCAACGCUGCACUCGCCCAGCUAACCACCUUCACCCAUGGAACUGGCCCACUCGCUGAACUCGUCAACAGGAUUCUCGCAAGACGUCGACGAGCUAAUGAAGUGGCAGUCUCUUCCACUGAAGGGGAAGACCAAGAUGACCCUGAUGACGACCUAACAAAAAGUGAAGAGGAAGCGUCUGACAUGGGCCCAGGAGAGUGGAAAGACUUCGUACACAUAACGUCGGAAAAUAAGUCCACCUGUUGGGAAAAUUACGGCAGCACUAUGUGGCCUGCCGUCAAGAGGUUUCCUUUUACGGCUGGAAAUGUGCCCUUGUUGCCAUAUAUGUCUUUCGGGAAAGGCGGGAACGACACUCCUGUCCAGUUCUGUCUACGUUACCUCAUGGAAUUCGACCGGUUGCUCCACUGGAUACAGCUGCCACUGGAGGAAGUAAAACUACCCGACUUCUUCCUGAAUAUCACUACUACUACCGGCGGGACUUCUGAGACGAGUGCUAUCACGGAGACGACCGGAUUCAUCUGCCCCACUAUGCCUGUCUCCAUACCAGCUGAGGAACCGCAGACGACGCCAUCAUCCAUACUGACCAUGAGGCCGGCGCCGGGUCCGAUGCCGGUGUUCCCGCCGCCGCCCCCGCCGCCGCCGCCGCCACCACCACAGCCGCCCCAGCCGCCGACACAAUUCCCGUUUGAAAAAGAAGAGUCUCAGCCGCCUACAACGCAGAUGGGGAUGGAAUUGGAGACGGAGACUGUCCCACAAACUUCACAACAAAGAUACACGUGGCCACGGUAUCCGAAGCCUCCCGAACCGCCACAGCCCACGUAUCCACAAGUCGACUUCUCGCUCCCGCCGCUGACGACUAGAGCGCCAGCGGACUCCCAGCUUCCGUGGUAUCGUCCAACCAGACCGGGCCCUCCAGAUCACUUUGAGACGUUCACGUGGCCAUUUGCCUCAACAGAAAUGUCUACGGGGAAAAGUCCGCAGAAACCCGCAGCAAAGCCCACCUCGCGUCCUUCACAUCCGAAGGGAACAGCGCCUCCCACGUCGCGUGUCGUUUGGUCGUACAUCGCUCUACUGCUGUUGCUGCACCUGGUUGUCCGGCUCUAAGUGUCUGUCAAGCUACCAUGUAUUUGUCUGUGCUCCUUGACGCGUUCGUGUGUCUUAUAUUGGUGUGUAACAUAACAAUUUUCUCGUGGCAUUCUUGUCAAGCUGAAAUUUCUGUGUAAAAUUUUCAAUAUAUUAAAUUCUUAUAUUUUCAA